CACGACACCCGUUUCAGCGCCUCGGCAAACGUCACACCCACCUCUUUCCCAAUUCCCAUACCAAGGUUCAUCUGAACUCAUUUGUAUCUCCACAGCAUUGCGACAAUUGACUUGCGCGACCGCAUCUUCUGCAACCUACUGCCUCUUUCCCGGUCAACAGAACGAAAAGGAACAAUGGCAGAGACUCUGGGGCCGUGGGUGCGAUUGGAGGGAAUAUCAAUAUCACAAUUGCCGUCCGGAGGCAAAGGCGUUGCGCCGAGCAAUCGAGACGGGACGGAGAAGUACAAUGACGAAUCUGCAGCUACUACGAAGCCGCCAACCCUACAGUCUUUCAUCCAGAAUACGCUCGAGGAAUCAAUCCCUUUCAUUGACGGCGUUGCGCCGAAGUCUGGCGCACAGCCAACAUGGAAAGUCAAAGGGUCGCCGAAAAAAUAUGCUGCUUCUGAAGCGCAGGUACAUCUCUACGAGCGGGUCGUGGCGGGAAAGGAUUUGGAUAAAGUUGAAGGAAUGAGCCAAUACAGUGCGGAUCGCAAAGACGAGACCUGGUAUUGCAGGCGGAGCUGUCAUCGGAAUGCACAGGAGCAGGGCACGGCUAGCUGGGAAGAGUUUAUACGUUGCUUCAAGGAGCACCAUGCGGAGUCAGAAGAUGCAUUUACGCCGUCUAUUAUUGGAGCUAGGCAGGCAAUGAGUUGGGAUACCAGUGGGAUCGAAGUCAAUGUGCGCGGGGAGCGGUGGACGAGUAUAAAUGUCGUGGUCGAGGAGAUGAAGCAUAAAAUAGACCCGAAACCUCUCAAGAACCGCACUUUUCCCGUAGUACAGGUCACCGCCGCACUCUUUGGAGCUUCCGAAUUUCUCGUCAUCUCAAUACCCAUCAACGACUUCGACAGAUCGCCAUAUGCCGAAUUCGCAAAAGACAAAAGUUUGGUCAUGGCGGCCUACGUGUCGGUUGAGCGCAUCCGGAUUCUGCCCAGUUCUGGAGAGAUUGAGUGGAUCAUGGCAACAGCUUCAAAUGCUGGGGGGGUUCUGCCGCAAUGGAUGCAGAAUAUGGCUGUGCCAGCAGCUAUUGCCAAAGAUGUGGAGAUGUUCCUCUCUUGGAUUCCGAGCCAGAGAUCAGGUGGCGGCGCCAAACCAGCCCCCAGCUCGAACGAUAAAGGGCUUCCAGCGGCUCCAUACAAUGGCAACGAGGCCCCUUCUCCGAUUUCGAAAACUUGAGACAAGGGCGCCGCAGAUGGGAAUCGAUUAUAAACGUGUGGCUGCUCUGGUGAACUGCAAAUUGGCAGAAUUAAUCAUGAAUGUAUGAGUAUGAAACGAUAGUGUAACGAAUAUGCUUGGAAGAGGGAAACCAUGUAUUAGUUUGCUUUAUCUAGUACUUGAGCGAUUUUUAUUGUCUGCAAACGCUGUGGCUUUAUAUUGCCUUUUGUCUCCAUGUUCUUCACGUAAUAAGGCUGCCGAUUGAGACGAAACUGACUAAUUAACCGACGAUAGAAAGUACGAUUUAUGC